UGAAGGCAAGCCAAAUUGACCCAAGCUGGCUUUCUAUUCGACUUGGCUUGGCAUUGACCACAAAAGUCUCUCCAUUGUCGCCUAUACUUGUGACUCUUUCACCAACUUCUCACCGCGAACAAAUCUCCACUUUGUAAAAGUCCCACCUCGUUUUGCUCUGAAGCGCCCAGUUCAAUCACCUGCGACGAUGACUACCGAAGUAUACCUCUCACCAUCAUCCACCAGAGAGCUCUCUCCUACCACCACCGCAGACCAUGACGCCAUGGCGCUGUUUCAGAGCGCGCUGGGUGCGUGCGUGCACAGCUGGAAUAAUGGCGACAGUAUCGUCCUUCUUCAGAGCAACAUCCAGGAGCUGUUCGGCGAUAUGCUGAUGCAAUAUUUCAAGCAAAGUCUGACGCAGCAAGUGGGUCAACCUCUCGCAUUCACAUUCGCCCCCAAUAGCAACGGUGGUCAAACGAUCGUUCAAAUGCCAGAGAAUAAGACCGCGCCCGUUCACCGUCAGAUAAACGCCAAAAUUCAGAACCACCCCGCUCAGCCGGUGUCUGCUGAGUCGCGCAAGAUAUCAGCUGGUGUCAAGAAGGCACCUCGUCCCAUGAACUGCUGGAUCAUCUUUCGGGACGCGAUGCACAAGAACUUGAAGACAGAGAACCCGCACCUCACAGUGCAGCAGAUCUCAACUCGUUGCGCAGAAAUGUGGCGAAGUCUUUCUCCUGUGGAGAAGAAGCCGUGGCAGGCAGCAGCCGAGUCAGCGAAAAAGGAGCAUCUGCGCGCGCACCCAGACUACAAGUACAGUCCUCGCAAGCCUGGUGAGAAGAAGAAGCGACAGUCUCGCAAAUCCAAGCAGGCUUCCACCUUUGCUGCGGAUGCCAGCCUUCUGGAUUUCUCGCCCAUCCCAGAUCUGACAGCACUUGCACACAAUGACCUUGAAGCGACCGCUAUCGUUCGGCCCCCAACGUCUUCAGGCUACGAGAGUUCGAUCGAUUUUGGCACCACAUACGCUGCUGACGUGGCGCAACUGAUGGAGCCGGCAACACUGUGGGAUAUGGAUAUGGAAGCUUUGGUCGCUGUCGAAUACUUGCAUGAGUCCGAGAGUCUCCGUCACGAUCGACUUGAAGCUGAGUUUGGCGCUGACCUCGAGAGCACUAUUCCAUUCGAUCUGUUUGGCGAGGAAGCUUUUGCCUUUCGCGCCGGCGCAGAUGGUAAUGCCACACUGCCAUCGAUCUACUCCGAUCUCUAGAACAACACAUUUGGACCUGCGGAUGAGGACGCCUAUUCAAGUUCACCUGGUGAUGGCGGGUUGUGGAGAGGGGGCGGUCUUACACGUAU